AGAGAGGGAGGGAGGGUGUGGAAAGGUGAAGGAAGCGUAGCGGUGAGGGUGAUACUGAUGAGAGAGAUGGAAGGGAGAGAGUCAGGGUCAGGGUCAGAGUCAGGUGCAAUCGCUUCAACUGCAACUGCAGCUGCAACGCGGCCAUCUCUAAAAUCGAAUUCUCAAUUCAACAAAUACCAAUUCUGGAAACAAAAGUUGAGGGAGAAUUGUUUCAAAAGGGUGCGAGACGACAGAAACCGCUUGCUCUGGAAAGUAAGGUCUCAAUCAUCUAACCAACACCAGGAUAUUGUCACAACUGCUUUCCAGGAUAUUGUAUCCGAUGAACUCAACAAAAUCAAACACUCAUCGAUUCAUAACAUUCCAAUUUCUGAUUCUGAGAUGGAUGAUCUAUUAUGGGACUAUCAGGGUCUCCAUACUAGUUACCAGGGUGAAUGCCAAGAGAUACUCUUAGAAAUGCAAAGGAUAUUUUAUGAAAAUCUCAAAUCCGAACCACCCAUUGAAGAUUUAGAAAACGAAAUUGAAACAUGGGAAGAUGAAGUGGAUGAGUACUUGGCUCGUGCAGUUUAUGAGCACAUGCAGCUAAAUGCAGAUAAGGGGCAUAGAGAAGAGAUUUGGUGUCCUAUUUGUAAGCAAGGAGAGCUUAAAGACAGUCACAAUGUUAUACACUGCACUCGUUGUGAUCUUAAACUAAACAAAGCCAAUGAGCUUACUUUGGACUUUUUGCGGGACCGGCUGGCUGAAGUUCAUACAGAGCAUCUUGACAGGGGCUGCAGAUUGAAACCCAGAUUUUGUAUAAAGACAAAUUUUAAUUUAACUGCAUUAUACAUUUCAUGUGAAGGUUGUGAUACAUUUGAGGUUGUAAUUUAACAAUUUCGUUAGUGCUUGUGACAUAAUUAACAGAGGUUC